CCUAUCCAAAAUUUACCACACAAGUUCUUAGAAUCUGGUACAAAUAUAGAGCCGUGGUAGAGUUUAGCAGUUAACCGUCCUUAUAUCCUAGAGAAAGAAAAACAAGAUACUGAGUGCUGUCUAUUGAAAUCGGUAGUCGCUGCAGAUAUGGCAGAGGGGGAGAACAAACUCAAGCUCUAUUCUUACUGGAAGAGCUCCUGCUCCUUCCGUAUCAGAAUUGCCCUUAACCUCAAAGGUCUGGAAUACCAGUACAUACCCGUGAACUUGCUUAAGGGGGAGCAAUUCAGUCCUGAAUUCCAAAAGCUGAACCCUAUUGGGUAUGUACCGGUGCUGGUGGACGGUGACAUGAUCAUUUCAGACUCUUUUGCGAUUUUCAUGUAUCUGGAGGAGAAAUACCCUCAACACCCUUUAUUACCAUCUGAUCUUGCAAAGAAGGCACUCAAUUUCCAGGCUGCAAAUAUUGUUUCCUCUAGCAUUCAGCCUCUUCAGAAUCUAGCUGUACUGAAGUACAUUGAGGAAAAAGUAAGUCCAGAUGAGAAAAUUCCUUGGACAAAAUUUCAUAUUGAGAAAGGCUUUGAAGCGCUUGAGAAGCUGUUAAAAGAUCAUGCUGGAAAAUAUGCGACUGGAGAUGAAGUUUCCAUGGCAGAUCUGUUUCUAGCACCACAGAUUCUGGCUGGGAUUGAACGAUUCAAUGUUGACAUGGCUAAAUUCCCACUGUUAUCUAGGUUAAAUGAGGCAUACAGUGAGCUACCAGAAUUCCAAAAUGCUAAGCCAGAGAAUCAGCCGGAUGCUCCUUCAGCAUAGGGCACUCAUGAAGAUGGUGGAUGGAUGAGGUACAUAUCUACUGCUGAACUGUCCAUCUGUUUGGUGGCUGGUAAUCUUCAACAGGGGCUCUUGGUUCCUCCCGCGCCUGAUCAAUGAUAAUAAGGAUUAUGUAGUUCAGAAACAGAAGUUAAUGGAAGACAUAUGAUAUAUAUAUAUAGAUAUAUAUGCCAUGUUUAUCCGACUUUGGUGGUUUUCUCGAUCUCCAUAUUCUUAUCCCUGUUUGCGGAAAUGUCAUUUAACUGUAGUGCAUUUCAUUUAGAAUCUCCGCUCUUCCUUCGAACCAUGAAAAGCAGCUACAACAAGAACAACACAUAUAUAUCAUCUGCAGUAUCGAGUAAAAUGCUCGCUCAUGAUAGCCUUGUUUAUAUAUAUAUAUAUAUUCGAGAUUAUCCUUAUUCUUAAAUACACAGGACAGAAGCCUAACUUAUUUGUUGAUAUACAA